AUGUCGAAAAGCAAAGCGGCCAAAGACCCAACAAAGCUCGCAGAGGUAGAACAGCACCUGGCAAAUCUUCGGCACCGCACUGCCUUCGGUGGGCUCUCUGCUGAAUCGGAGUCUGAAGAGGCCGAAGAGGAUGAAGAAGAGGAGAAGGCACCCUCAGUGAAGUCUAUACUUGAGGAGGUGGAAAGUGCCAUGAAGACCUUCAAGCAGUCCCGUGCCGUGCAGGAACAUGGUUGCGCUGUCAUUCGGAAUCUGGCUUGCUCUUCUGAAUGGUUUGAGCUCAUUGAGAAGGUCGACGGCGUGGAAUUGAUAUUAUUGGCCCUACAGAGAUUUAAGCUGUCCUCUUUGGUUCAGGAGCAAGGCUUGGGCGCGCUGAGCAAUCUUGCAUGCAAAGUUUCGCUGAGAGAGAGGCUGACUCAGGCCGAAGCACUGCACCUGGUGCUGAUUGCGCUUCAGGAGCAUCCUGACAAAGCUCACACCUGUGCUCAAGCAUGUUCAGCACUUUGGAAUCUGGUGGCCGACCACAAGCAAAAUCAGGCCGCAGUGCAUGGUCUUGGCAUCACCAAGCUGGUGUGCGAGGCAGUGAACACACAUGUGGAGAGCGACGAAGUGUUGGAAGGUGCCUUCGGCGCCUUAAGCAACAUCACCGCUUUCAAUCAGGAGAACAAACAGGACAUCGUGGAUGCCGGUGGGGCAGCAAGCAUCUGCCGUGGAAUGCAGGAGCACCUCACAGUAACAGGGGUUCAACGUGCUGGAUGUGCGGCUCUCUGGGGCCUAACAGCACAUCAUCAUGAAGCGCAGUUGGCAGCUGUAGAGGCAAACGCACCAGCCAUUGUUUGUCAGGCGAUGCAGUCUGAAAUUAUGGAUCCUCGACUUCAAGAAAACGGCUGUGGAGCCCUGCGGAAUCUGUGUGCCGACAACGACGAUUUCAAGAUCCGCACGGUCGCGGCCGGUGGAGCAGAGCGAGCUUGCAACGCUUUAGCGCGACACGAGGAUCUCCGAGUGCGGCGGCAGGCAUGCAGCGCUUUGAUGAACAUGUCAUCCGUGAGCCCGGAGCGCAUCGAGGACUGCCAUGAUGAAAUUCUCCAGGCGGAUGCCGUUAGCCGACUCUGCACUGCUAUUGAGGCCCACAAGAAGGAGCUCUCAGUCGUGGAACCUGCCUGCGCAGCUCUUCGAAAUCUAAUCGCCGGUGCGCAGGUUGGUGACACACGAGGUCUGACAUACAAGCAGAUCCUCGAUGAAGACUUGGUCAAGCGUCUCGUGCAGACCAUUUUCUUGAAUCUGGAUCACAACCUUGUGCAGCAUCAUUGCUUGGAAGCACUUCGUCAUGUGUGCGGCUGGGAGAAGGGAGCCCUUUUGUUGGAGCGCAACCGGGGAGCUCAGGCCGUGAAGCGAUCCAUGGAACGCGACGAGCAAAGGAAGGUGCACGACCCCGUCAUACGGGAGCGAGGCUGCAACAUCUUGAAGGGCCUGGCCUUAGGCACAGCCACGGGGUCACGGUCCAUCCUCGAAGAUGACCGGCCGGACGGGUUGAAGCGCAUCAAACAUGCGAUGGAAAGCUUCCGGAGCCUGAAGGAAGUGCAGAAGUCCGCGCUGGAGGCUCUGAUGGCAUUGGCCAAAGGUUGGCCGAAAGAAGGAGCUCAGAGGAUCAAGGCUGUUGGAUGUUUCAAGGACAUUCUGGCCGCAAUGUCAAAUCAUUCGCAGGACUUGACACUGCUUGUCAGUGCUUGCGGUGUCAUUCGCCAGCUCGCCGUCAAUGGCAUCUUGAUCGAGGAAGCAAGGCCAGUUCUGGAAAGGUACAUCAGGCAGUUUCAAGAGGAGGUGCGCGUGCUCGUGCCGGCGAUGCACUCACUCGCUGAGAUGGUCAGCCUCAUGGAGCCCACAGAUGCAGACAAAGGCUUCGCACACGACGUGUCGAAUUCUCUGGUCGCACACAAGCGGCUCGCACACGUGCAGGCGGCUGGCCUCAGCAUACUUCGUGGGUGGGCUGCCGUUGGUGGCAUCGGGCUCCUCGCGGCCACCGAGGCCAGAUGUGUGGAGCGAGCACGCGUGGCCAUGCUUGAGCACAAAGAAGACGAGGCCGUGCAGGGAAUAGCUUGUGAGGUCCUCCGCCGUGUGGCGGCUUCCAGCACACACAUGCGCGACAACAUCAUCGAAGCUGGGCUGUAUUCUUUGAUAAUGACUGCUCAGGAGACAUGUCGGGCCAGCCCGCAGGUCUGUCGGCAGAGCCUACAAGCAGCAGGCACAUUGCUGGGCUUUAUGGCCGGGAAGGGCCAAGGACGGCAGGAGGAACGAAUGAGGAUGAUGAUGCAGAGUGCCGCCAAAGCCAAGGCAGCUGCCGGCACGCCGCAGCGCAGCGGAGCCAUAGCCUUUCAAAAGUUGGUAAAAGAGACCGACAUGUCCCAGUUUGCCACCAAUGUGCAGGAUCUGCUGGUCUUGCACAAGUCGAGCUCUCUCUUUGUACAGGAUGCCUGUCAUGUGCCGCGGGCUCACUUCUUGUCUCGAUGUGAUGUGAUCCAUGCGCCGCCCGUCUCUUUCCCUCACCUUCGUUGA